AAAUGAGUUUCAAUCAAUCGAGUGAAGUCUUUCAAUGAAGACUUUUUCACAAUACAAAAUUUUUUGUUUGAAGUCCUUACUUUCUUUUUGUUAAAUUAAUAGUACUCAAUUUAUAAAAAUGCUUAAAAAAUUUGUCGAGGUAAAUGCGGACGAGAGUCCUUCAGUGAAUCCAUAUGCCGUGCGUACUUUUAUGGGUGAUAAUGUUAUAACGGAGUGGAGAGUCGAAAGUUGCCCACCGCGUGACCGAGUGUGCCUAAAGAAGCCACCGAAUUCCACGAUUUCUCACGUGCUAACCAUUGAGGAUGAGCUGCGACGCCUACACCAGAAAGCCGAAGAGUCUCGGUUCGUACGCCCAUAUAAGAAAACUUGCGAUCUCUACGAUGAGCUCACCAUGUGCAUUAUACCACAACGAAUGCCAGGCGAACUAAGAACAAACGCCGAAAUGCGUGAACGCGUUCUGUUGUCCAAGACCGACGCUGGUCUAGUGGAGCACGAUGCUCGCUUAGAGAAGUCCUGCCCGAAGGACUUGAUUGUACUGAACAGUCCGAUGAACUUAAAUGAAGAGGAGGAGGAAGAUUUCGCCGCCGAAGAGGAUGAAGAGGGUGAACUCAAGCCGCAGAAGGCUACGCCAGAAUGUUCCUCCGCCAUGAUUAUUAUACCCGAUAAACGCAUGCUUGAGUUGAAACGUCCUAAGAGUCGCAUUUAUUUGAACGAAACACAAGUUGGACCUUUGGAAGAGCUGCCAUUUCCAUCAUAUGAUCCACGUGUCAUUCAAGAAGGCUUGGAGGGUGAAAAUCUGAGAUCAUACGACAUUAUCGAAGGUUGCAAUCCUCAAGAUUUAUGGACCUGGAACGUUGACAUGCAGAGGCGGGAAAUGGAAAUGGAUCAAGAUUUUCUAGCGGCUGCUUUGCCCAAAUAUGGUCAGGAUGUUGGACUCACCAUCUAUAAUAUACCCAACCAGCUGGAGAAAACAUUUACUGCCGAAAUUGUGUUCGGCAAUCGUAAUAUUUAUCCUGAACCGAAAAGGGCGCCAUAUCGUCGAAGCUAUUAUAAUCGACCCAGCGAGAUCGCUUCCAUUAUUGUAGCCUUUGUCGAAACCUAUCAAGUGAAUCCAGAUUUCUGGACUGCUGGGACCAUGGACGGUAUACUCAAGCGCGGCGUAAAGCUAACGAAGAAGAGCAUUUCGCUCAAUUACAAAUCGGAGGACAAUGACUUCGACAUAUUGCCCCAGGUGACGGAGCGCCAGGCAGCCGUCAAUAUCAAGAUACACUUCACUGGCCUGUUCAAGAAAGAGCCGAAUCUGUAUAAGGCUCUGUCUCUGUACUUUUCCAAGUACAAUGCCUGCAUCUUUGUGUCGCGCGAUAUGUUUCUGUUGAUCUGGAAACGUUGCAUUGACUCCUUCUUCAUCUUUGAUCCCAAUGGACGAAACGAGCUGUGCCAGCGUGACUUCAAGGAGGGCAUGUGCUCGCUGAUGGCGACACGUUACAUGGAGCAUCUGGUCCAUUUGAUAACCAAAUUCAGCGAUUUGAAUGGCGACGAUGAGUUUAGCAUUUACGAAAUCGCAUUGACUCAGUAUGGCAAGCUAAAGGAGCCCCUCAUUGGCAAGAGUAAGGCACAGCCUUACCACAAGCUGUGGGCCGUGGUCAAUGAGAAUUUUGCGGUCAAGACGGGCGGCAACAGCGGCAUUCAGCAGCCCAUUUCUGGCUCAGAGAAAAACGCUUCGCUUGUUGUUUCGCUCAUCGCACUGAUCUACUCGGAAUUCGAGCUGGCCAAGAUGUGGCGCCCCAUGACCAUUGACGAUAUCAUUCGCUACGGCGUUGCCUACUACAAGACGCUGCGCAAAAAGUUUCGUUUGGAUGGCAAGCGCUGGAAGAACAAGAAGCCCGAACUGAAUGUCGUCGACUUGCCGGAGAUGUUCCUGAUGGGCGCAUUUAAGGCCACGGUGCGCAAAUAUCCAUUCCUGAUCACUGGCCAUGUGACCGACUGCAAGUCGUAUCUGGAGUCGCAGCUGACACACGCGUUGCAGCAUAUGUUCGAGAUGCCGGAGUGGCCGGCUGCCCUAUUGCAGAUUGACAAUUCUGUUCUGGGCAUAUGGCGGGAUCGGGAGUUCUUCUAUGUCUUCGAUCCGUUUCGACGCAAUCGCGUGGGCAUGGUUGUGGAUCCCGAUGACUAUCGCAUCAAGGGUCUGGCCGUGCUGCAAAUGCACACCACAUUUGAUUCCUUCGUGCGUCUUAUUUAUCAGAAUGCAUUGAAGAUGCGACGUGGCGGCAAAUUCUUCAUUCAUGGCAUCCGCACGGGCUGCAUACGGCCGUUGCAAGUGAUGACGCAGGAGUCGAACAAGUUUCCGGCACUGCAAAUGGGUCUGCCCACGUUCACGGACGAGCCAGCGGACGUGGAGUUGGCGCAAAAGAAGAGCAUCGAGAGCAUACCGGAAGAGGAGCGCUUUCCCACAAAAUUCGAGCGAGAACAUGCUGAGGAGUUCAUCCUGGAUAUCAUCAAUUCCAUUAUUAAGGAAAUACCCGAGGACAAAUUGCAACGACCGUUCGUAUACAGACAAGCACAGAAGCUGCUCGUGGCCUCAGACCAGGAAAAUCUACGUGCGCUGCGUCUGAAGAUCAAGCGCGGCUACGAGCUGGGCGAGGAGGAGGAGCGACCCGAUCUGAAACGCGUGCUAACCAUAGAGGAAGAGCUCGAGCUCAAGUCCAAUUACCAAACGCUGCAUGACGGCGCCUACAUCAUAAUGGGCACCACGAAACUCCCACAACUUGAUCCCGAAAUGACGAAGCUGGGCGGUGUCCUGGCUGCCCUAGUGGCCACGGCAGUCUCCGCUAAGUACAGGGUAUCCACAUGGAAUUCCGAACUGGUUGAGUUCUGCAUCUAUUCGGUCAACAAGUUUGGGGAGGAGUAUCAAAACUAUGAGCUCAUCCUGUCGUGCUUGCUGAACAAGAAACUGCCAGACAUUGCCGUUGGCGAGAGCAACUUUUCCCUGGUGGUAUCCGAGGUGUACAAAUCCUCAAUAUCAUCGUCGCUCCGUCAGGAUCUGCUCGAGCUGCUCAUCGAUAACAAUCGUGUGCUUGUUGUCUGUCAGCACUUCUCCUGCGUCAUAUUCAAGCGCUACAACCUGCUUUACAUGUUCAUUGGCUUCCCCUGCAAUGCGAUUGGAUAUCGCAAAGGCGGAGCUGGGCCGGCCUGCAUGAUGCGUUUCAUUGAGUUGGACUCGUUGAUACGUCGCAUUGAGUUCGGCUGCAAUCCGCAGGGCUGCUCGGUCAUGAACUAUAUUGUCGCUGCCAUUAAGAUCGUGGAUAACAAUAUCAAGGGCCACUUCCGACGCUGGGCCAAGUCGGAUGAGGAUGCAGAGUUCAAUGCGGAAUCGGCGCGCAAAAAUAGAAUUCGCGAGCAGCGUCUGGAGAAGAUGCGUGUCAUCGAUGAAGAACUGAGGAAGGAGAACAAACGUAUUCAGGACUAUAUGGCGGCCAAGCAGGCGCACGAAGAUCGUAAAAAGGGCAAGAAACCUGAGUACAAGGACGUGGGCAUUGACGAGGGCAUGGACGAAGAAGAAAUGGACUUGAUGGGUAUGGAGGAGGAGGAGGAGGGUCAGGGCGAAGAAGAGGUGGAACUGAAGCACAAGCCCGGCAAACGCUUGCCCAAGAUGGUGCAACAAGUCUACAAGCCACGCCCCAUCCUGUACGGCUAUCGCAUGCGCGAAAAGGACUGCAACUUCAAGAUCCAAGGCAGCAUGAAUCUCGAGGGCCGUGGGGAGGGCAGCUUCAAAGAGAUCAAGCCUUGCUACUUUGCCUGUGCCCUGGCCAUACUCAGCGUCUCGCUGCGUCCGCUCAAUCGCUGGAACUCGUAUCGCAUCGAUCGAGUGAUCACCCAUGCCAAAUCGAUUGCGGCGCGUGUCUGUGAUCUGGAGUCCGUUUUUGAGCGUGUGGUGCGACACGUGACGAUUGACGAAUACGAGUUCGAUAUCUGGAUACGCAUCCUGGAGCCGCUGGGCAUGUGGACGCCAGCACCAAAACCAGUUACACUUUCCGCCGAAGCAGCGCUGGUCACGAUCAAAAAGAAGAUGCAGAAGGUGCUCGCUUUGCGCAAAUAUCUGAUGAUAUUUACGCCUAACGGUUGCUUUGCCUUGUAUCACGACGAGUUCUAUCACCUGUUCGAUCCAUAUGCGAGCAUGGCCAAGCCAGGCGUAGAGGAGGAGGAGGAUGCCGCCGACGCUGGCGACGAAGAGGGCGAAGGCAAGAAAAAGAAGAAGUGCCCAAAGGGACCCAAGCGCUAUCCGGAACGCAACACCGCCUCCUGGGUCCUGUUCGCCGAUAUCGAUGGUAUGUUCCAGUAUAUAGACCAACGCUGCUCGCAACCGGACUGGAAGGAGCGCAAUCAAUACAUGUUCUAUGUGGUUGAUGUGCUCUCAUACAGGAAGGCGGCGCCCAAUGCAAGAAUCCUACAACUGCUGACGGAUCUGUCGAUACCCAUGACUUGCUCUAAUCGCCAGUACGGGCGGCCGGAGUACGAGAUCUGUGCCACCAACGAAUCCCUGGGCUGGCUGGAGUUGGAGAAUUGUCUGCCCGUGUGGAGCCGCAUGAACCGUCGCAACACAUCUGGAAAGUAUCGCAAUCUGCCGCUGAGCAAACUCAAGAAGUACGACGUGGAGAUUGAAGGACGUCUCUGGUCCCUGUGGGGCAAUCUUCAUCCCGAGGCGCCGGUCUUCGAGGACGCGUUGCGUGGACGUCAAUAUUUGGCCAUCUAUGUGAUCGCCUGCUGUGCGGCCAGCGUCUACAACCUGAUGGACUGGAGCGCCCAACUACUGGACACAAUUGUCGUGAGUGGCAACAAGUACUUCCAAGAGAGCAUCGUACAAAUAACUAAGGAGGACUACGAGUUUUCUCUGGAGAACCUCAACAUUGACUGCGCACUCGAAACAAUCAACUUUGUGGUUCACAUCGAACAUGUCUGCUAUGGCAAGCUCUAUCGCGUGCCCACGUUCAAUCGCAUGAAUCUCUCCGAGGCCCUCAUCUACUUCUUCAGCCACUACCAAUUUGGCAUCGUGAUGGUGCGUAAGCGUGCUGUGGCCAUUGGAUUCUGUCCGGGCACAGAUGGAGGCUACUUCAUGUACGAUUGCCAGGAGAAGGAUCAGCCACUGUUCCCCAAGCAACAGGGCGCCUCGUACCUGCUCCGCACACGACAUCUGCAGGUGCUGCUCUACUGCAUAGUAGUCACUCUGAACGUGCCCUUCUACAACAUCGACUUCAGCAUCCACAAGGUGGAGAUGUUGCGCGAGGGCGCUACCGUCGAGAACGAAGAGGAGGAGGAGGAGGAGGGUGAUCAGUAGAGCUGCAAUGCAAUUGCGGUCUUCGAGUGUAGUUAGUGAGGAUCUAUGUUUUAGAAGUAAUUAUUAAAUAUAUUGAGUUUUAUACAACGGCUUUAAAAUAAACUGAACAACUGUAAGACAA